AUGAGUAUGCUCGUUCAUGAUCUCGGGCUGUCACGGAGGGCAUGCGACCGCUGUCAUGGCCAGAAGCUGCGAUGCCGCCGGGAGAACAACAAUGAGCCCUGUGUUCGCUGUCAGAGAGCAGGCGUCCAGUGUGCCCCAAGGCCCGUGAGAUCCAGACAUCGCCCACGGGCACACACCACGCAGCAACCAGCGGACAUAUCGAAUGCGAACCCGACACAAUCCCUAGGUAAGCCCGGGUGUUCAUUAGCAGGUGUCGGAGGACGGCCAAGAGCUAACCCCCUCGGCAAAGGAAAUCCAUCAGAGCAGACGAACAAAGACAUGGCAGAGCAUUUUCAUCUCUCCCCCUCGAGCUUGCUAGACUUUCCCACGGACUUGGAUCUGGGACUUGACUUUGCGUCGCCGCAGUCCGGCAUGGAUCUAGUGCCGAUCCAGAAUCAUCCGGAGAGCCAACCCUUUCCUCCGGAGCCACGGAGCCGUAUGGGUGGGCGAUUUGAACCGGACCAUCAGAGUGAACUCGACACCGCAUCACAGAGCUCGUAUCUCCAACCCUCCUCCACAUCCACACUGUUGCCCUACUCCGAACCAGCGACGACACGCUCCCAACAUCGCUUGUGCCUCGCCAGGACAGUGGCUCCCAAAACCAUUAACGUCCCGUCACAGGAAGCGAAUAACCUUAUGGACUUCGACCACCAGGACGGGACGGCAUUGAACAGCGGCAGUGAAGACACAGCGGCGGACUCUGGGUACGGGCAAUCCGUCUCGAGUCGACCACAUUCCAACAGCAGUGCCACCCAGAGCUCAUAUUCGCAACAAACGUCCAAACCGACGGGAGAUAUGACCUCGUGGGUUCGUAAAUUGUCAGACAUAAAUGUGGAGCUGCACCAGCAUAUGCUGGCCAUCCCGUCGGUCGAUGUAGAGCACAGCCCGUUGACCAACUCCAAAACGAGCAACGGUCCCAGUUCCCCCCAGGAACUGGCAGUAGAUCGCACCUUCAAACUCUCUCAUCAGUAUACGGAAAUCCUGAGUGAUAUCUUCUCUCAAUACAAGACCCGCCAGACAUAUACCGGAUCACCCCCGGCAGCGUUGGCACUAGAUCAACCCUCCCAGCUGCUGGUCCUAUCCAGUUAUCUCUGUCUGGUUGAGUCGUAUGACAAGAUCUUGCAGCACAUCAAAGCAUGGACUGAAGUGCGAUUGGACAUGGAAGGAUCGACGGCAGAGGAGCACUUCCCCGUGCAACUACCCAGUGUCGCCAUCGGCUGCUUUCAGCUACCGGCAUCAUCGUCCACUCGACCACUAGUCUUGAUCUGCAUCAUUGAGGCCACUAUGACACAGAUCCACGACCAAGUCAAUGAGAUGAUGCGACCUGCCCGGACGAUAGGCGAGCAGGGCACCCUAGGCGGCGACGGGCUGAGCGGCGUGGCCAAAGUGACGGUACAGGCAAUAAGGACUAAGGAAGAUUCCACGAUGAAGCUUCUCCACGAAGUAUGGCGACUGGCGUUGCGAUGUGGGGAUGACAGGAAACUUAGCGCUGGCGCAGGUUAG